AUGCCAAUAAAUUUCUUUGCAGUUACUGCGCAGUUCUGUCUCUCUCUCUACCUAUCUAAAUCUAUUCAUAUGUAUUUUAUUAUCUAUCUAUCUAUCUAUCUAUCUAUCUAUCUAUCUAUAACUUUUCUAUCUAUCUAUCUAUCUAUCACUUUUCAUAUAUUCCUAUUAACAUUUUAUGUCUUUCUAUAUAGAUAUCAAUCUAUCUAUCUAUCUAUCUAUCUAUCUAUCUAUCUAUCAGUAAUUAUUCAUAUCUGUCUAUCCUUCUAUCAGUCUAUAAUUUUUUGCAUCUAUCUAUUUAAAUUUUCAUAUCUAUCUAUCUAUCUAUCUAUCUAUCUAUCUAUCUAUCUAUCUAUAACUUUUCAUAUAUUCCUAUUAACAUUUUAUGUCUUUCUAUAUAGAGAUCAAUCUAUCUAUGUAUCUGUCUAUCUAUCUAUGUAUCCUUCAGUAAUUAUUCAUAUCUGUCUAUCCUUCUAUCAGUCUAUAAUUUUUUGCAUCUAUCUAUUUAAAUUUUCAUAUCUAUCUAUCUAUCUAUCUAUCUAUCUAUCUAUCAGUAAUUAUUCAUAUCUAGAUCAAUCUAUCUAUGUAUCUGUCUAUCUAUCUAUCUAUCCAUCAGUAAUUAUUCGUAUCUGUCUAUCCUUCUCUCAGUCUAUAACUUUUUGCAUCUAUCUAUUUAAAUUUUCAUAUCUAUCUAUCUAUCUAUCUAUCUAUCUAUCUAUCUAUCUAUUAGUAAUUUUCGUAUAUAUCUAUGUAUCCCUCUAUCAAUCUAUAUCUUUUCAUAUCUAUCUAUCUAUCUAUCUAUCUAUCUAUCUAUCUAUCUAUCUAUCUAUCUAUCUACCACCUUCCAUAUCUAUAUACCUAUUUAUCUUACUUUGUUCAUAUCUAUUAAUCUUAGCUUUUUAUGUUAUCAUAUCACAUUCGUUCUCUUUAUAA